GGAAAUUUGGAAAAGUGAUUUAGAUAGCUGGCCAAGGGAACUAAGAAGGUGGGGUCCAGAUGGAGUAAAGCUGGAUUUGUAAAGUAUGUGCUGCAUACAACUAUGGAAAGGUGUGGUUUGCACUCUGCUGUUUGUGCUGAUGCUAGCAUCGCUGGUGUUCAACAAGGCGUCACUAAUUUGGCUCUUGGGUGGAACAAAGAUAAACAACGUUCCUUUGGAAACAUGGUAUGCUGCAUUUGCGCUUGUAUUCCUUGUACCAGAACUGUUUGCAGUAAUAAAGGUUCUAUGGAACACAUCUUUUAUAAAACAAACCAGCACUCACCAAUGGCCGAGUGGAGUGGCUCUACUAGUGGGAUUUUUGGUGAGUUUCGCGGAGGUGAGCAGUUACCUGAUGUUUACAUUGGAAAUUGCGCCACGAUUACCAAUACAGCUCCUCAUGCCACUUCUAAGUUCAGUUUUUGCAGUUGCACUCUGCUACGAACAAUGGGAAAGCUAUAUGAUAAAACGGGCCAAGGACCAAGAAGUUCACUUUGAUGGUAAUUUUACUCUGGCUCAUAAACCAGCUGACACAAUACCCGACGAUGCCAACUGGAAACGUUUAGUGAAGACGCUGUUUGGUCUUAGUGGUAUAUGGGCAACAUGUGCAAUAGCGGCUGUUGGCGUGCUUACCAGUAUCAUGCCUUGGUUCCAGGCCCUUUGUCUCCCAACCUCCUUGAGUCUGUUGUCUCUUGCCUGGAGCCCUAAGGUUCAAAUGUACAUUGUCCGCUCCCCUGAUGGCACAUUCCAAGGCCGCUGGAAAGCAAUGUGCUUGUACACAGUCUUUAAGAUUAUUGUACUCAUGGUCGGAAUCAGUAUUAUCAUGGUGAUACGUCUGCAACAGCAUCAUAUUCUCGAUAGCAAUUUCUUUGUGAAACUUGGUGAUGGACUUUAUGGUUGCAGACAGAAGGAAAUCUUAUAUCCAUUACUGAUUCACUUUGGUAGCAGUUUCUGUGGCCACCUGACUGGUUUCGCAGCAGCAACAUUAUGUGUACCUAAUAUAGGUAUGACUUUGCCAUCAGUGUUGGCAACUCCUAUAGCCAUCGCCAUUGGAAUGUAUUUCUGUAUUCCUUCGUUUCAGCUACUCGACGAGCUGACAUGUUACUCAUCAAAUAUCAGUAUCUGGUGUAUGUUUGCCUUAGCCUCAAUUGCUUGGGUAGCCCCAUAUCUCAUAUUAGGAACCAACUUAACAAAACAGUGUGCGGUUCUUCUGAAGCCAAUGGACGAACUUUUUAUACAAUCAUCGUGGAAUGGUUUGUUUCUGGACCAACAUAUGUUUCUUAAUUACACAUACGAAGGAUUCACGCCUUGUAAAGAACACGUUGCAUCAAAUAAAGAAAACGUGAGUCGUGUUUUCAUAUGCACGACCAUGUAUAGAGAGGCUGACUGGGAAAUGAAAAGACUUUUGACCAGCUUAUAUAACAUAUCGCAGUCCAAGAAGGUCAAGGACGUUUAUUUAGAAGCACAUUUAUUCCUAGACAAUGGUACAAAGGAUCUCCAUUUGACUGAUUUUGCAAUUCAACUAGUGUCAUUAUUAGAGAGUACAAUGUCUAUACGUCCAUCACAGGCGAACUGUUUGCAGACGCCUUAUGGUGUUCAACUUAAUUGGCUCCUGCCUGGAGUCACAAAAAUGCCGUUCUUCAUACAUCUCAAAGACUGUAGCAUAAUAAAAGCUAAGAAAAGAUGGAGCCAAGUUAUGUAUAUGUCAUACGUGCUCAAUUUCCGAGUCCUGAGAGACAGCUCAAAAGACAAAUCUCAAGUGAAAAAUAAGGUUAAAGAUAGUGACGAUUCUUUAUUCGUUGGCUAUUCAAGUGAUAAGGAAUGGAGGAAAAAUGCCAAUACACUUAGUAGUAAAAAGUUAAAACGUCAUUCAUUGCCGGAUGUACCAGAGAGAGCAACGAUUAUUGAAACUACUGAGGAGGCUGUCGGAACUACUGAGGAGCAAUCUCACAACGUUACUGAAAACAGGAAAUACCUAGGAAGACUGUUUAAUACUGAUCCGGAUAAUAGAAACAUAACUGGAAUACAACAAGGUAUAGCAAUAACGAGUCUUUUAGAAUCAUACAGUCGUAAUGAUAGUAUAACAAAUCCAAGCUCAUCCGACCAAGGAAUAGGGACAUCGCAAGAUGACGUUUCAAUUUCAUCUUUUACAACUAGCAAUCCAGAACGUUCUGUUGACACAUUAGCAUCUCGAGGGACAUCAGCCUUACAAAGUGACUCAUACUGGCGAGAUUAUGAAGGUGAUGUAUCAUCAUGUAAUGAAAAUUCUCUAACUUCAUCUAAAGCCAAACAGUCCAGAUCCUUUUUGACUGAAGCAGAUAUGCACAAUGAGCUUCCAAAUAUCAAUCCAGAUGAAAGCUUAGGUAAAUGUUCCAUAUUGCGUUUCAACCCUACGAAAAAUAUAACUCUUGGCCUAAAUAGACCCCCUGCCCCACCGAUACCCCAACGACCACUACCCCCUAAACCUCCUAGAUCUAAAAAAGCUUCAAAAGAUGCUCGGAAUUCCAAGAAGAAACAGGAGUUAAAAGAAAGUCCGUCUACUCAACAACUUAUAGAUAUGGAUGAUUCACAAACAAAUAUUUACCAAAGCAUCAGAUCUACUGCUAUGGAAUCAGAACUUAAAGCAGCCCCAAGAAACCGAAAAAGUAAAGCAAAAGAUGAUAAAAUAUUUACAAUAGCCCGUGAAACAAUACCUAAAGACUCUGACCUAAAUGAAACACGCCCUAAGAUUCCAUUAGAUGAUAAUACUUACAUUCUUGCCACUGAUGCGGAUAUGGAGUUUACAGAUGAGAGUAUUUUGGAUCUUCUUCACCUUUGUAAUCAUGACAGAAGACUCGGCGGUGCUUGUGGAAGGACACAUCCCAUCGGACAAAAUACGGGACCCGUUGUGUGGUAUCAGAAGUUUGAAUAUGCUAAAGAUUUCUGGAUGAUCAAAAGCUCACAGAAUGUAGUUGGUUCUGUAAUGUGCUGUCCCGGCUGUUUCAGCCUCUACAGAGCCUCUGCAAUCAGAGACAUCAUCUCCAACUAUGCUGGACCCACAGAUGAAUCGUUCGAUGUAUUUAUCAAAGAUACAGGUGAAGACAGAUGGAUGUGUACCUUGAUGAUGUUGAAUGGCUGGAAGUUGGAAUACAGUGCCUUCUGCCAUAACACAACAUACUGCCCUGACACAUUCAUGGAGUUUAUGAAACAACGGAGAAGAUGGGUGCUUUCCGAUCUCGCCAACAUGCUUCUCGUUUUCAAAAACAUUUUCAAACUUGCUCGAAAGAAUGACAGCUUUUCUCUUGCGUACAUUCUCUAUUUGAUCCAAAUGUUUACAAUUGUGCUCUUUGCUCCUGCCUCGACGAUCGUCAUCAUCGCUGGUGGGUUCGACAUUAUCUAUGGUAUCCCCUUUCAGAUAGUAGCACCCGGGAUAGGGGUGAUGGUUCUGUUGUAUAGCUUACUGUGUAUAGUAGGAAGCAUGAAAGUUCAGACGAGAGCUACAUUGUUAUUGACGUCGAUGGCCGGAUUAUCUAUGGUUCUAGUCGUAAUAGGGGGCGCUGUGUAUAUCGCUGAGGAUAUUUACCAAAAUAUAAUCGAUGAAAAUGUAGGCUUCCAGGAAUAUUAUUUGAUACUAUUCCUAAUCGGUGCACUUUUAUUUGCGGCCUUUUUGCACCCCUGUGAAACGUGGAUCCUUGCUCAUGGGUUUGCAUACCUGCUUGGGUUCCCUGCCAUGCAAAUCUUCCUUCCGAUAUAUGCCAUUUGUAAUAUAGUGGAUCAAAGCUGGGGUACUCGGGAGAAUAACAAACCAAAGACAAAACCGGCGAUGUGCUGCGGAAGAAGUAGAGAGAAGUCUCAUAAAAAGUUAAAAAAGGAAGACAGGCCGAAAGAUAUAGAUGCUGACGUAUCAAGUUCAACUGUAGAAGUUGAAGAAGAAGCAACCGUCAUAUGUACAGAUGCAAACUUUAGACUGAUGAAAGAUGGCAGCCCAAGCGAAUAUGAAGAAUAUCUAUUCUGGGAGAAGAUGAGGGAAAUAGUUCUUGGAACAUCAGUCAAUUUGAGUGUGUGUGGUAAAACGUUGAAGAAGGGGUUGGCCCACUUACGCAACAUCUGUUUAGGAUCACUACUAGUGCUCAACUCACUCUGGCUUAUGUUACUUAGCGUACUAUAUUUUAACGCGGAUUUAAAUCUGGUGAAAUUGAAUGUUUAUGGACUAAUUGCCGGGACGGUGUAUGGGCUGGUGUUAUUGGUCCAAGUUGUUGGUUUGAUAUCACAUCGAUUUGAAGCGGUGUUUGCAAGAUAUGCCGUGAAAAUCUUUGGGGGGACAAUACCAGUGUGGGUGUUUAGAAGAACAGCUUGAAUGAAAAACAAAUUAAGACAAAUAUUGCACUUCGUUUUUCACUGAGUUUUUAUCAUGUUUUAUCAUGUUCAUUAAGAGGUAACACAUUUUGGUAUGUAAAGUCAAAAGAGUAAUAAUUAAUCUUUUAAUUGAAUAACCUUACUACAUCUACGUAGGUGCGUUGGUGAUAGUUGCUGUUGAAAUACAACUUUAGUCUUGUAUGGAUGAGCUAGUUUUACGUAAGUGCUCAGAUAAUACACACAGAAAUUAUAAUGAUAUGUGUUUCUAGCCAAUAAGAAGUUGAAUAAAUGAUAUAAAUAUUGAAGAUAAACUUUAUCAUAGACUAUACUCACAGAUAUUAGUAAAUAGCUUUAACCUUGGUUCUUCCAACUGCAAUUGGACAUUCUAGUUUGCCAUCUUGUAAAAGCAAAGUACUUAGAUACUUUAAAGUCUUAGCUUCAGAUUAAGAAAACUUAGAUGAUAGUAAUUCUCUGCAAGAAAUGUUUAUUCUAGAUAUUGCUUUCAAUAUCCGUUAAUUCUACUAUAAGCAUAAUUGAUGAUGAUUUUAAGAUCUCAUUGGCGGAAUACAAUGAUCUAAAGAGCAAAAGAACAC